UCUAUAAUCUAUUUUGUGUCAUUUGGUAAGGCUCGUUACAAAUACCAUUUGUUAAAGCUAAGUAUUAAUAAAUAAAUAUAGUUUAAAAGGGCAAUUACACAGUUGGUAUGGUCCUGUGACCUCCGCUUGAGCAGCCUGAUACCAGUAACCGAAGCUAAACAACGGCAUCAUGGUGAACUUCGCAGCGAUGGUGCGUGAGCACUGGGUGAACGUCCUGGUCCCACUGGGCUUUGUCAUAGGCGUCUACCUGGACAGGUGGAACGAUCAGAAACUGACAGCAUUCAGGAAUAAGAGCGCCUUGUACAGCAGGGAACUGAAGCCUGGUGAGGAAUACACCUGGAAGUGAAAUCCUCCUCGUAUUUAUUGAACUUCCUGCUCUCUUAAUUUCAUCUUUGUCGUCAUCAAAACUGUAAAUGUGUUUUCAAUAACAUUGGUCAUGUAAAAUAUACUGAUACAAAAAAAACCCACUGUUUUUGUACUACUU